GCAGCUGGCUCUUAGAGCUCGUUUCAGCAACUUCCCAUGGAAUCUUUUGGAAAACUUAUUAAGAGCGAGAAUCCAACUUGCACUGGUGUUGUUGAUUCUCUCUUGGCCGAGCUGGAUAUCCGGAAAAGGCUGUUAUUGUCAGGUCAGCCGGAUGAUAAUCAUCAAAUUGGGAUCCUCAUAGCGGAAGUGAGACUCUGGAGAAUGCUUCUGAUCUACGUCGCAUAUUUGAGUGACGCUGACAUGAAGUUUGGUGUUGGUCGGGAGUUGGGGUCGAUGGACCGGGACCUUGAUGCUGCUUUGAAAGAGGCAACUAAUGAUUUUCGAGUUGCUUCCAAGAAAGAAGGUGUCGGUAAAAUAAGCAGCGAUUUUGGAGCUGAUCCUGAGAAAUACGAGUCCAUGGUUCACAAAGGUCUUACAAGGGGUGAUUAUGGAGUUGCAAUGUCUGAGUUGCAACAAAAGCUUAUGCUUUUCAGGCCUCAGAUGAAGGCAGCUUAUGAACGCAUUGCAUCCAACCAUUCAUUUCAAUCGCACCAUCCCCUAAGCCGUUCUGGUGUCUGCAGUCUCUUCUGCCAAAAUCUACAGCAGGUUGUCCUGGUGCUUUAUUGUGGGAAAGGCAAGAUGCUAGAAUAUAUGCACCUAAAAGUCGAAACCAUGUCCAAGAUGCUUAAACGUCUCCAAAGCUUCAUCAGCACUAUGGUAAGAUUUUCUCUUGAUCUAGACAGAGAUUUCUUGACUCAUUUUGGAGCUUUACUGGUCCGCACUGCACAUUUUUGUUGCUUGUGCUGGAUUGACCAAAUGGAAGAAGACAAGAUCGAGGAGCUGUCGAUUAUGCUUCAUGAUCUGCUGAAGGCAUUCAAGCUGGAUACUACAGAAGUUGUACAGCUGUUUCUGAAAUUACUCAGGCCUUAUUCCUUGGUGAAAACCUGGACAUCAAUCCCUACUCCAGUUGAAACAUUUGUCGAUUUUCUCUUUCCUGAGAAGGAUCCUCAACUUGAAACCUUCUUCAAAGGGCUUGAACACCUGAUAAUGUUCGUCCUUGAAGUUGGAGAACCAGAGAAAUUUGAUCUAAAGCUGCUUAUAAUGGACAUCACAGCAGCGAUUUCCAGGCUUGGAUAUUUUGGUGACUUGUUUAAUGAGAUAGGAGAGUCAACAGGAUACAUAUUUAGCACAAAUGUAUCUGCAUUUUUUAGGUUGCUUGAAAAGAUUGAGCUUCUCAGAGUGGAAGUAUUCCUGGAUGAGCUACUAAAGAAAAGGAUCAGUUUGGAGCUCCUUGAGAAUCGUAUUGAUUCUUUCCAUGAGGGACUCUUCUAUUUGGAAAGUUAUCAAAGAUAUGCAUCCAAAUGGAAAAGCAAAGCUCCUAAGCUGAUCUGGUUGCAUAUCAAACCUGUGGCUGGGAAGGCUGGCUCUGUUUAUCAAUCGUUCCAUGCCAAGUCAGUCACUGAAGACAAGUUCAAACAUGAGCUAACUAUGUUGCACUGCAAGAUUCAACUUUUGAAGACUGAGAUACUUUUGGAAGAGCUUCUCGAUGGAAACCCAGAUCUCAUAAUCAAUGGCCGACUACGUUUGGAAGAGCUUCUUGAUGGACAUCCAAAUCUCACAGUCAAUGUGAAGAACCAAAUGGAAAGCCUCGAUCUGGGGCUGAUAGUCCUUAGAACUUAUUUGAUGGGUCCGCUGGAGGAUGAUGAGAAACUAAUCUUAACAGAUGCAGAGUCAGUAGCAAGGGUUGCUUCUCUUUUUUAUUACUCUCUUCUCAAAAAUGAUAUUGCAGAACAUGCGGUGGGGAAUUUCAGUCAUGUGCUUCCUAAGUUAGUAAGAAAGAUGGACCUUGUUAAUGCAAAGAUCAAAGAGAUUUAUAUGCCUGUUCGAAGGUCAUCAAAAUCCCAUUUCCCUAAGACAGAAGGAUUUGGCUUCAUUGAUUGUCUUUUAGGAGAUCUCAGCGAGCUGCUAAACUCUGAAGCGGGAUUUCUUGUUUCCUUGAGGCAUCAAGUUCAUGCUGUUCACAGAGACUUAGAGUUCUUGAGAUCCUUCCUCAGUGAUAUUAAAGAGCAGUAUAAUGACCGUCCGGAUUUGAAAAGUUUUGUUUCGUCCAUUAUCCAAGUAUCACUUGAGGCAGAAUAUCUCAUUGAAACGUUUGUGGUUGGCAAUUGUUUGCGAUGGUAUCAUCCAUUAUGGCUUUCUGAUCUCCUGGAAGAUCUCAACCUUUUUAAGGUUCAGGCCACAGAAAUCUGUACGAAUGAACAUACCAUCAGCAUCCAUGAUGUUCCCACCUCUUCAAUGAAUAUGGUAUCACCAGCGAAGAUUCCCAUGAUUGAUGAAGUUGUGAUUGAUCUCACCGAUGAAAAAAAAUUGAUCAUUGAUAGGCUUACAGCUGGAUUACCACAGCUAGAUGUUGUUUCAAUUGUUGGCAUGCCUGGACUCGGCAAGACAACUUUAGCCUUGAAGGCGUAUAAUGAUCCUUCAGUUACCUAUCAGUUCCACGCUCGUGCAUGGUGUUAUGUCUCCCACACAUAUCGAAGAAGAGAAUUGCUUCUUCAGAUUUUAGGUGAAAUUGUGGAACUUAAGGAUGAUAUCCUUGAAAUGAGUGAUGAAGAUUUAGAGAUGAAGUUGUACCAAUGCCUAAAGGGGAAAAGGUACCUCAUUGUUAUGGACGAUAUUUGGAGCACUGAGGCAUGGUACGAUUUCCAACGAUCAUUUCCAAAUGACAACAAUGGAAGCAGAAUACUGAUCACGAGUCGGCACUUUGAUGUGGCGGUAAAAUUGAAAGCGGAUAGUACUCCUCACCCCCUUCGGCUACUGUCUGAUGAUGAAAGCUGGACGCUGUUGCAAAAGAAGUUGUUUUACACGAAAAAGUGCCCCAAUGAAUUAGUGAUAGUCGGAAAGAAAAUUGCAGAAAGCUGUAGAGGACUUCCUCUUGCAGUUGUUGCAAUAUCUGGUCUCCUUGAAAGGACAGACAUGAUACCAGACUGGUGGAAACAAGUUUCAGAAAGCAUUUGCUCACACAUUGUGGAUGAUCCUGUGACGGGGUGCAUGGACAUACUAGAGCUAAGCUACAGAUAUUUGCCUAACCAUUUGAAGCCUUGCUUUCUAUAUACUGGAGUAUUUUUGGAGGAUAAAAACAUUCCAGUUAGGAAGUUGACAUGGUUGUGGAUAGCUGAAGGAUUUAUACCCAAUAAUGGGCUGGACAGCAAGGAAGAUGUUGCAGAGGGAUACUUGAGGGAUCUAAUUGGAAGAAGCCUAGUAACAGCUUCCAAAAGGCGAUCGCUUGGAGGUGUCAAAACAUGUCAUGAACAUGACAUGUUGCGAACCUUAUGCCUGCAAAAAUGUGAAGAAGAAAACUUCUUGCAAUGGAAAAAUGGGUAUGAUGAGCUUUUUCCUUCUUCUCAUAUGGAUUUAGACUACGGUGUUGACCCCAAUUAUUUUUGUCCACCAAUUUCCCAAAAAUAUGAGAAACGUAGGGUGUCUAUUUGUUCCAAGAGGAAUCAUUUUGUCAUGUCAAGGCCUUCUGGGCCACAUGUCCAGUCUCUACUGUACUUUGCCACCAGUGAUUUGUAUCCUAGAUGUCCCUACGACAUCACCUUCAUUUUUGACAAUUUUAAACUCCUUAAAGUGCUAGAUUUGGAAUCCAUCAAUAUGGGGAGUUCUUUCCCCACUGAAGUACAAUUGUUGGUCCGUUUGAGAUUUUUAGCUCUUUGUGGUGAUAUAGACACUAUUCCAGCAUCAAUAUCCAAUCUCCGGGUUCUUGAAAGCUUGCUCGUGAAGGGAUUGAAAGGUAAAGUUCUACUACCUUAUACUCUUUGGAGCAUGGAAAAGUUGAGACACGUCCAUGUAAAUAAUUAUGCUGCCAUCGCCUUGCAAGACAGCGAAAGCACAUCUUCUUCUCAAGCACUUAAUCUGGUCAGUCUUUCCUGCCCAUACCUCCUUUGUGGAAAAGGUACAGAGGAUAUCAUGAGGAAAUUACUUAAACUUCAGAAACUAAGCUGUGUAUUUUCUGAAUUACGGGAUGAUAGUGGGAAGUGCAAUCAUUUUCCAGUGCUGAACUUUCUGACAGAGCUCGAGUCCCUCAAUGUACUCUAUUCUGGUAGGAUUGCUCUUCCUUGUAAGUUUGAGUUCCCAUUGAAUCUCAAGAAGUUGACACUGUCAAAAUUCCGCCUACCGUGGGAUUCAAUUUCGGAGAUUGGGAGAUUGCCUAACCUUGAGGUUCUCAAAUUACUUUCAAGAGCCUUUGAGGGGAAAGUGUGGGAAAUGAAAGGAGGAGAGUUCCUUAAACUGAAAUUUUUGAAGCUCGACAGCCUAAACGUUGCUCAAUGGAAUGCCUCUAGUGAUCACCUGCCACAGCUUCAACACCUAAUUCUGCGAAGUUGCAGGCAGCUUAAGGAGGUUCCUUCUGGUUUUGCGGAGAGCUGUACUCUGGAAAUGAUUGAGGUGCAACUGUGUACACACACUGUUGAAGAGUCAGUGAAAUCACUUCAAGAUGAACAACUUGGAAUGGGAUAUGAAUUGAAGGUCCUCAUUGACCAUUCAGACAUGGAUUUCUGAUCACUGCAUAAUUUCUGUUUACCCUCUGGAAAGGGCAAGUGGACCUCUCUCCAAGGUGAAGAAAAUGAAAGUCGCAGCAGUCAAUAGAUGUUGGUUUGGAAUCUGGAUAAUCUUAUUCCUAGGAGAUCUGAGUUCUGACAAUGGUGGCUUCAAAUGUCUGUGAAGUAAAAAUCAUUGGAUAAUUUAAUCCAAGUGAUUGGAACUUGGACAUUUUGUCUAUUAUUGCUUCCACCAAAGUUGAAACCCCAUGUUUGUAAGACUUUCAAGUUUCCCUUCUUUCAUUAGUAUGACUUGAUUUAUGUUAACUUUCUGUUUCUCUAGCGAUCUGAGAAUGGAUAUUGCAAUUAUUUUGAUCUUGUUAUCAUUUUUAUGAGUGAGAAUUGAAUGACAGAAUUUUACGGAGGGAGGAAGUGCCCCUUGGUCAUGCUAUAUGUUGCAUACAAUCUGGUUCUAUGUUGGCCAACUGGACCAUGUUGUCCGAGGCAAACUAGUCCUUCGCUGAAAUACAAUUUCUUGUAUUUUCCAUUGCUAA